GAAAGGAUCCAUGUGAACCUAAGUUGUUAUCCUUGUAAAAUCAUUACCAAGAGGUUUGACCAAGGAUCAGCUGGUUUGACCAAGGACCAGCUGGUAGAAAGGAUCCAUGUGAGCCUAAGUUGUUAUCCUUGUAAAAUCAUUACCAAGAGGUUUGACCAAGGAUCA